GUUUUGUCCCAGACUGGGCCAAACUUCCGGAGUGGGAAGCCGUUGCACCCUUCUCUGCUGUUGCCCGAGGGGCCUCACCUUGGAGGGCGCAGUUUCCUGCCGGUCCGCGGCCGCUGCGCAUGAGGAAACAAGACACAGAGAGUUCACGAAGAUUUGUUGGUGAUUGAGCAAAUGAGGUGUGACCAUGGCUGCUGAAUCUGAUGUCCUGCACUUCCAGUUUGAGCAGCAAGGUGAUGCGGUCCUACAGAAAAUGAAUCUCUUGAGACAGCAGAAUUUAUUUUGUGAUGUAUCCAUCUAUAUCAAUGACACAGAAUUCCAGGGACACAAGGUGAUUUUUGCUGCUUGCUCUACUUUCAUGAGAGAUCAGUUUUUACUCAACCAGUCAAAGCAGGUCAGAAUUACCAUCUUGCAGAGUGCAGAGAUUGGCAGAAAGUUAUUGCUCUCUUGUUAUACUGGUGCACUGGAGGUCAAAAGGAAAGAGCUUUUGAAAUAUUUGACUGCUGCAAGUUACCUUCAAAUGGUACAUAUUGUGGAGAAGUGCACAGAAGCUUUGUCCAAGUAUUUGGAAAUAGAUUCUUCUAUGAAGAACAAUAGUCAAGGUGCUGAGAUGUGUCAUUCCUCUUAUCCAGAACUAAAGGAUGAAGAUGAAAAUUUAGAGAGAGACUGUGAAAUAAUUGAGAUUUCUGAAGACAGCCCUGUAAAUUUGGACAUCCAAGUUAAGCAAGAAAAAGACAAUGCUUUGCAGCCUACUAUACAGAGCUUAAUAUUGGACAAAAAAGAUAUGAAAACAUCAGAGAUUUCAGCCGUUGAAAUAGGAUAUAAAGAUGAUGAAAUUUGCAUCUUCCGAAUGGAUUCCAUCAAUGUGCCCACUAUAGAAAGUGAGCAGUUUUCACAGCCUUGUACCUCUUCUAAAACAAAUAUAUAUUUUCCAGAAACACAGCAUUCACUGAUUAAUUCUACAGUGGAAAGUAGGAUGACAGAAGUUCCUGGGAAUCACUUUCAAGGGUUUAUUGGUGAAAGUACAGAAGGCAGUGUUGGUGUAACAAAUGGGCUUCAAAGUCUAGAAGAGGGUUAUUCCUGGCGACACCAGUGCCCCAAGUGUCCACGAGGAUUUCUUCAUCUUGAAAACUAUCUACGCCAUCUGAAAAUGCACAAGCUGUUCUUGUGUUUGCAAUGUGGAAAAACAUUUACACAGAAGAAAAAUCUUAACCGGCACAUCCGAGGACACAUGGGCAUACGACCAUUUCAGUGUUCUGUGUGUUUAAAGACAUUUACUGCCAAGAGCACUCUUCAGGACCACUUGAACAUUCACAGUGGAGACCGGCCCUAUAAAUGCCACUGUUGUGACAUGGACUUCAAGCACAAAUCUGCCCUCAAAAAGCACUUGACUUCUGUUCAUGGGAGAAGUAGUGGUGAAAGGACGAACCUUGACAUCAUCACAAAAGUCAAAAUAGACUAUGAUUAAUAGUAAUACUCACUUGCUUUGGAGACUUGGGUAUUAUAAUCCAUCAUCUUGAGUUCUGCAAAAAUACUCCUUUGUAAUUCUGUAUGCUCUUCCUAUGUUUGUCUGAUUUUUCGAUGUAUUCGCAUAUAAAUGUUUUUGUAAUAUCCUUAAAAGUUGUUGGAGUUAAUGGAAUGGUUGAUGGAGUUCUUUUCUACCUUAAAUAUCCUUACCAAAAUAUUAGCUGAUUUUCAUAGCCAGCCUAUUUGGUGCUUUAUGAAGUGUUGUGAAUAUAGGUUCUUGGUGAAGAUUGUUAACUGACUCUUGGCUAAAGGGGCAGAAAGAACUCAAUGGUAUUUUUCAGGUUUUUCAGUUAAUUUGCAUUGUUAGUGCUUCACACAGGAACAGCAACCAUAUUUUACUUGUACUCUUAUCUUGGUGACCAUUAGAAGAAAAUAAAUCUGGGACCUUGCCAGUCUUGGUUCAUUUUAAAAUCACUUUUAAGAACUAUUUGUCCGGUAGAUGAAAGCAAGUGUGAUGAAUCUUUUCCCAAUUAGGAUAAAUAUAUUGAUUACCUUUACAAAUUCUACAACUUCUUCUAAACCAAACAGUAUGUUGGCUAUUUGGUUGAAAUUAUGAAAUAACAUUUGUUGUGUAUAAAAAAUUCUGUUACCUCCAGAGAAAUUAUUCAGCAUAUCAUUUAUUUCAAUAUGAGUAUUCUCUCCACUUGUUCAAAGGGCAACUCAUCUGUACUUUUUCAUCCAUUAUGAUUGGCUUUAUCUUUAUAUCAAUCUUCCAUAAAGGUUCAACCUGACAUACCUGAUAUCAUCAUCUUUUUAAAAAAUUGUUAUUAUUUCGUGAAUAACAUUGCAGCACUUGUGCAUUCUGUCCAUCUGUUCUUUCUUGCUUUUGCUACAUUUUUUGCCAACCUCCUUUUCUAAUCCUUAUUAAUAUCUUUUAUACUAGUUCUUGGGCACAGAUCAUCAUUGUGAAUAUGCUGCAGCCUACCUGUGCCACCAAAGGAAUACGCAGGGUUAUAUUAAAGUUGAUUUUUAUACAAACACAUUUGUAUAUAUAAUAUAUAUAUAUACACACACCCCUACGUGUGUGUAUGUGUUUUAUAUGUAAACAUACACACGUAUAUAGAUAAAAAUAUAUAAACACUUCUUUCACUGGAAUAAGACGUAAUUGUAGCCAUGUAAUGUUUUUAAUAUAUUUUAAUUUAUUUCCAUUUGAGAAGAAAUUUUACUUAUUUGAAUACUGGUUCACAUACUUUGGAAAUGAAUACUGAAUUAGCUGUGGUCUCUAUAUUUAAUGCAAAUAUGUCAAAUAUUUUUAUCAUCAGUAUGAUUAUGUUACCAAUAAGAAACAGCAUUUGCUGGAAAUAUACAAUUUAUGGAAGACAUUGAAUGUGUUCUAGAUAUCAUUACUGUUUUUAAUUUGUCAUGGCAAUAUCUUUUUUUGUUAUGACAAUGCUUUAACCUGGUUUUUUUUUUAAACUUAGUACUGUAUAUGUAUAGUUGUGAUUUUUCUUAGUGAUAAAUUUUUUUCACGUGACUAAGGCUGACUUUCAAAGAUUGAUGUUAAAAUAAUUUGAGUACUUUUUUUCUGAUCUAGAUAUAUGUAUUCUCCAUGGAUGUGCCAAAAGUAAAAACAUGUAUGCCUCAGUAAGUGUAGUGGAAGUAAAAUUUAUUUUUGUUCUUGUUAAGUACUAAAGUUCCCUCUUAUUUCUAUAUACUUAUAGUACAGUAGAACUUUGUGGGUUAAGGCAUCUUGUCAACCUCUGAGAGAAGUGAUUGAGUGUUAAGUUAUAUUUCAGUAGCCUGCUAAUUAAUUUCCCUUCAUCAGAACUCUCCACUUUUCCAGACAUCCUCUACCCACCUGCCAAAGUGAUAUCCUAAAGCACAGGUCUGAACAAAUCUCUCCCCUGCUCAUAUAGUGCCAGCAACUCCCUAUUUCCUCUAGGAUGAAAUACAAACUCUUGUUCUUCUUUGGGACAUAAAGCCCAUUAAUCUAUCUCCAGUCUACUUUUCCAUCCUUAUUACAACAUUAUUCACCUUUACACACUCUGGUCCUGCCAAACUAACCUUGCUGCUCCCCAUACUGGACAAAGCAUCUCAUUUCUCCAUAGCUUUGCAUCCUCAUUCCUGGAAUGCAUUCUCUCCCCACUUUUGCCUCUAAAUCCUUAACUUCCUUAACUCAAGUGCCACUUCUUACAUGAGGCCUUUACUGAUUCUCCCAGUAUCCUUCCCCUCUUCUCUUGCCAUCUCCAUUUGCUUUAUAUUUACUAUUUGUAUAUUUUGUAUUUACUUAUAUGUAUGUUUCCCCUGAUAGAAUGUAACCUCCUUGAGGGCAGGGAAUGUUUUGUCUUUGUAGUCCCAGUGCUUGGUACAUAGUGGACAUUUAAUAAAUGCUUGUUGAUUGAUUGAUUGUGCCUCCUGCAAUAUGGAAAUUGUGUUAUGUAAAAACUUGACAAAAUUAUCCUACAAGGCAAAUGUUAAGCUUCCCUUCACCUCAUGCAAGUGUUAUAUAGGAAUUCUCCUGUGUAAUAUUUCUUUUGAAACUUCAUUAUUUUCAAAUGUUUUACAUUUCAGCUAUUUGUGAGGAUUUUAGCUAACAGGGAAUUUUUUUUUUUAAUGGCCAAACCUGUGAGUUCAGCAGUGUGUGUGGAAAUUUCCAUUGUGGAAUGUCCCUCUGUGAUUGUGGAGAAGCAGUGUUGUCUCUUCUUUAAUAGUUUUAAAGAAUUGCCUAGGAGUACUGAGAAGUUAAAUGAUUCUCCCAUUUUAAUACUUCUUAGUACGUGUAAGAGGUAAGACUUGAACCCAAGUCUGUCUUACGCUGAGGAUGGGCUUUCUAUAGCUCAUGCUACCCCUCAGCUGAGGAUCAUUUAACAUAUAAAUGCUAAAUGACUUUAUUUCCUAAGUAUCUGUGGAAAACAUUAUAGAAUCAUAGAAUCUUAAAAUGUCCAAAAUAUAAUUUAGACUUUCUGGACCUUACUUUCCAUAGCUGCAAAAUGAAGAGAGUGAAUUUGAUUUAUAUGAUUUCAGCUCUAAUUUAUGAAUUUAAAUUUUACUGGUCAUUUGAGCUAGAAGAUGGGAGACUUGAGAGGGCAUUCAUAGAGCUAUAUAAAAUGUUUUAAAUGUAUUAGUGAUAGAAUUUAACUACAAUGGAUUUUUUUCCCCUUUGUCAGGAAAAAAACCCAUUCAAUAAACACAUUAAAGUUACCAUCUGUGAAUGGAGAAAUG